AUGAGAAAGAUUGAACAUCAAUUCAAUGAAGAAUCAAGGGAAUUUGGUAUAUAUUCAAAGGACGAUAGCAGAGAAAGUGAAAAGGAUAUGUUAAUAGAUUCUAAUCUUGAAGAUGCGGCUGCACAGGCAGAAUUUUCGAGUAAAAAAUGGGUUUGGGUAAAAGAUGUAAAAAAAGCGUUUAUUAAGGGUUGGAUUGUUAAAGAAGAUGGGGAAUAUCUUCAAGUCAGAUGCAUAGAUGACACUGAUCGUGUUGUUAAAAUAUGUGAAGUGGAUAAAGUAAACCCACCGAAAUUUGAUAGGGUAGAAGAUAUGGCAGAAUUGACAUAUCUUAAUGAAGCAUCAGUUGUGAACAAUCUAAGUUUAAGAUAUUCUAGUGGAUUAAUAUAUACAUAUUCGGGAUUAUUUCUAGUGGCAGUAAAUCCAUACAAAUCUCUUCCAAUAUAUACAGAUAAAUAUAUUAAUAUAUAUCGAAAUAGCAAAAGAAGUGACACGAAACCUCAUAUAUAUUCUAUAACAGAUCUCGCAUUUCAUAAUAUGCUUGAAAUGCGUGAGAAUCAAUCUAUACUUAUAACUGGUGAAUCUGGGGCAGGAAAAACCGAAAACACGAAGAAAGUUAUUCAAUAUUUAGCAGCAGUAGCUACGUCACAAUCAAAUGAACAUCAAUUAAAAGGGCUAGAACAGCAAAUUCUUCAAGCAAACUAUAUUUUGGAGGCAUUUGGAAAUGCACAAACUAUUCGAAAUAAUAAUUCUUCACGUUUUGGAAAAUUUAUAAGAGUAGGAUUUAAUAGUAAAGGGAAAAUAUCAGGUGCCAAUAUAGACUGGUAUCUUUUGGAAAAGUCUAGAGUUGUUCAGCAAAAUAUCUCUGAAAGAAAUUAUCACGUGUUUUAUCAACUUCUUACAGGCGCAUCUAAAGAAUUAAAGAGAAAGCUCUUUCUUGAAAAUUCAAUUGAGGAUUUUAUUUUUCUUAAUAAAAGUUGUAAAUAUAUAGAAGGAAUAAACGAUGCUUCUGAUUUUUAUAUUUUAAAAGAAUCCUUUUCUGUAAUGGGAUUUUCAGAAGAUGAGCAAUUUAGUAUUUUUAAACUAGUGGCAUCUAUUCUUCAUUUAGGGAAUCUUAAAGUUGUUUCAGAUAGAUCAGAUCAGGCUAAACUUUCUAAUCCUGAACAAGCAGAACGUUUGUGUCAUUUAUUUAGUAUACCUGUUUCAGAAUUUACAAAAGCUCUAUUGCGGCCAAAAGUCAAGGCUGGUAGAGAAUGGGUCACAAAUGCAAGAUCUUCUCAACAAGUAAUAUAUUCAUUAGAAGCAUUGGCCAAAUCUCUUUAUGAAAGAAUGUUCGGAAAUCUUGUAGAAAAAAUUAAUAAUGCAAUGGAUAGAAACUCUACAAAAAUGCAUUUUAUAGGCGUACUUGAUAUUGCCGGAUUUGAAAUUUUUGAAGUAAAUAGCUUUGAACAGCUUUGCAUAAAUUAUACAAAUGAGAAACUACAACAAUUUUUUAACCACCAUAUGUUUGUUUUGGAACAGGAAGAAUAUGCACGAGAAAAUAUUGAUUGGAAAUUUAUUGAUUUUGGUCAUGAUCUGCAACCAACUAUAGAUCUAAUUGAAAAGGCAAAUCCUAUUGGGAUAUUAUCUUGUUUAGAUGAAGAAUGUAUUAUUCCAAAAGGCACCGAUAAAACCUUUACGGAAAAAUUGGAUUAUAUAUGGAAAGACAAAUCUUCUAAAUAUAGAUCUUCAAAAUUUUCUGGAGAAGCAUUCAUUUUGAAGCAUUAUGCAGGGGAAGUUGAAUAUUUUACUACUGGUUGGCUUGAUAAAAACAAAGAUCCUUUAAACGAAAAUAUUACGCAGCUUUUAGCACAUUCUAGUGACAAAUAUAUCUCGAGUUUAUUUUUAGAUUUUCCCGAAGAUAUAGAUUUAUCACCUAGAAAGACCAGGGUUAAAAAAGGCUUAUUUCGUACCGUUGGUCAAAGACACAAAGAACAAUUAGCAUCUUUAAUAAAACAACUUAAAUCUACACAGGCCCAUUUCGUUCGUUGUAUUUUGCCAAAUCAAUUUAAAAAACCUUUUUCUUUUAAUUCUCCUCUUGUAUUAGAUCAACUUCGGUGCAAUGGAGUUCUUGAAGGAAUUAGAAUUGCAAGAACAGGAUAUCCAAACCGAUUACCAUUUUCUGAAUUUCGACAACGCUAUGAACUCCUUACUCCUUGUCUUCCAAAUGAUUAUAUAGAUGGAAGAAAAACAGCUAAGCUAAUGCUUGAAAAAUUAGAUAUAGAUGUAUCUAAUUAUAAAAUUGGUCUUUCAAAAAUAUUUUUUAAAGCAGGAAUUCUUGCAGAACUUGAAGAUCGUAAAGAUUCCUGUUUACAGAACAUUCUUACUCAAUUCCAAGCAAACUCUAGAGGAUAUAUCCAAAGGAAAAUAGCUCGUAAAAAACUUUUUAGAUACAAUGCAACAACUAUUAUUCAAAAAAAUUUAAUGAUAUAUCUAAAUUUAUGUCAAUCUCCAUGGUGGAAACUUUUUUUUAGGAUGAAGCCCCUCCUAAAUGCUACAUUUAUAGAUAAUCAAUUACGUAAAAAAAAUGAGGAGAUUGAGGCUCUAUCAAAAAUUAUUAAAAAUGAGGCUUUAACAAAAAAACAGCUACAAUUAGAAAAGAAAAUUGCAGAAGAACAAAAAUUAAAAUUUGAAGAGGCACUCCAAAAUGAGCGUGCUCUUGCUCUUGAUAAAGAAGAAAUAUUAAAGCGUACUCAAGAAAGAGAGGCUAAGUUAUCUGAAGAGUUAGCUGGUGCAAUUGAGGACCUUGAUCGUCUUGAAGCACAAUGCGAUGAUUUAUUAGCAGUUAAAAAGAAGUUAGAUAUUCAGGCAGAAAAAUGGAGAGUUGAAUUACAGAAUGGCAGUGUUUUAAUCUCAAAGUUGGAAGAGGAAAAGUUUGGGCUGAUAGAUCAGAUAAAGAGUUUAGAAACUACAAAUGCAGCUCUUUCUGAGAAACUGUUAUCUUCUGAUGAUGCUGAUAAAUACAAAUCUCACAUUAAAUCUUUGGAAACAUCCUUGGAAGAAAAAGAAUUAAAAUUUUUGCAAUCUAAUAAAAAAUUCGAAAAAGAGAUUUUAGAACUUGAAAUGUCUUUUAAAGAGAAACUUAAAAAUUACGAAUAUCUUCAAGAACAAGAAAAGAAGUAUAAAAAGGAAAAUGAAAAACUAUCAAUCCAACUUAAUAAAAUGUCAACUAAUACUAUUAGUCUUGAGGAGUAUAUACAAAAAAAGGAAUCUGAAAUAACUAAUUUACGCAAUGAUAUUUCAAAACUAGUUUCUGAAAGAGAUCAAUUAAAACAAGAAUUAAUAGCUUCUUCUAUUAGAAAUGAUGCAUCUAGGUCUGAAGUAGCAAAUCUUACUAAAGAAAUACAAGAAUUAAAAAUUGGAAAACGAAAAGCUGAAAACGAAUUAAUUGAAACACAAAAUAUGCUACAUAAGAAAAUAUCUCAAGACACAGAAACUAAUGAUAUUAAAAACAUGCUUGAACGACAACUUUUGGAAGUAAGGACACAAUUAGAAUCCGCGCACGAGGAACUUAGACUUGAAAGACAGAGUAAUAUCGAUUACAAAGAAAAAAGUAGCAAUGAAAUUGAGAAAUUAAAGCUUGAUAAUCAGAAUCUUUCUGAAUAUAAAAUAGAAAUAGAAGAAAAAUUCCAAAAAUUAGACAAUAAUUUCCAAAAGAUUUCUGAAGAAUAUUCAGAAUUAGAAAAAACUAAGAAAUCUGCUAUGAACGAAAUUAUACAUCUUAGAAAAAGAGCACUUGAGGCAGAAUCAGCACAUAGUGAAAUUGAGAAGAAUCAAAUCAAUCUAAGUCGACAACUUGCAGACAUUACUUCGAAGGCAAAUAUAGCCAUGAAUGAACUCGAGGAUACAAAUAAUAGCAAAGCAAAACUUAUUUCAGAAACAUUACUUCUAAAACAAAAAAUUGAAGAUUUAGAAUCCGAAAAAAUUAAGCUCGAAAGAUCAGUAAAACACUCUGAACAAGAAAUUGAGAAUCUUACAACUCGUAUUGAUACUGAACAAAAAAAUAAACUUCAAGUUGAAAAGGAUUUAGCUACGUCUAACUCGGAACUUUCUAGACUUCAAACUCAUAUCGUAGAUAUUGUAAAUGAAAAGCUCGAGGAUAUCAAGAAGGAAAAAAAUUCUAUUGAAUUAGAAAUGAAAUCAUGGAAAUCUAAGUACGAAGAAAAUGCUGUUUUAAUGGAAGAAUUACAGAAACAAAAACAAAGAGUUACUAUGGAAUUAGAAGACCUUGAAUAUGAAUUAGAACGUGAACAUCAAAUAGCUAAGUCUGCAGAAAAAAUGUCAACCAAUUUAAAGAUUCAGCUAAAUGAAACAAAAACUCUUCUUCAAACAGAAAAACAACAAUCUAUAAUUAAUCACAACAAUUCCUUAAGAUUUCAGAAAAGAUUCCAAGAAGCUCAUAAAGAAAUUUUGGAAUAUAGAAAAAAACUUAUCUCUUUUGAGGGAGUAUUAAAAUCUGAAAAGAAUGAGUCAUCACUUGAUCAAAAACUUAAUAGUAAUGCUCUGGAAUUAACUAAGCUUCUUAAACAAUUGGAUAAGGUACAAAAUGCACUUAUAUCAGAAGAAGGUAAAGCUUUAAUUGAAAAACAAUAUAAUGAAGCAAGAAAACACUGGAGUAAUGAGCUUUCUUCCCAAGAAGCAAAAUAUAUGGAAUCGUAUCAAACACUUUUAAAUGAAUUAUCACAACCUAUUAUAAUUCCAUCACAUCAUUCAAUAUCCUCAUCCCCUAUUUUUCAAAAAGAAUCUAAUAAAAAUAUUUUUUCUGCAUCUAGAAUUGAAGGUAGUAAAACAGAAAAAUUAAUUAAGGAAUAUGAAUCGCGUAUUCACUCAAAUGAUGGGAAAGAAAAUGAGGAACCUUUGUAUUUAGAUAAAAGAAAAAUUCAGUCUUUAGAAAGUGAAAUUGAAUCUCUUGAAGCACGUUUAGAUAUGUCUGAAAAACAAAAAAAACAAUUAGAAAUGAAAUUGGAAUUCUAUCAAUCAUCCCAAACAUUAAAAGGUGGUUUAGAUUUGAAAAGACUCAAAAGAGAAAAUGAUAGACUACAUGAAUUAUUGAAUGAUAAUACAGAUCAAUUACUUGCUUUAGAAAAAUUACAGAAAAAUGGCAUCAUGACAAUUAGGGAUUUUCAAUCAAAAUCAUUCGAAGAACUCGAAGAAAGCUUUGAUUCUAUCGCGGAAUCCAGAAAAUCUUUGCUCUUAGAACAAAAGGAAACUUUAGAAGAACUGGAAUCAACUCGUAAAAAAUUAAAAGAAUUAAAAAAAUCACAGUCAAAUUUACAGCAUGAAUAUAAUCUUCUUGAGGAAAAGCUUAAAGCUUACGAACUUGCAGAUGAAAGUAAUACACAUUUAGAACUUGUUCGAGAAUUAGCUGAAAUGCAAAUGCGCUUUGAAAUAGAAAGUCAGCGUUCUAUUGAUCUUACAGAAAAUGUAACAUUGUAUAAAAACAGGGCAGAAGAAUAUUUUAAUAAAUUAGAAACAGCGGAAAUAAAUGUAAUUAAAGCAUCUAGAUCUGAAGCAUUUGCUCGUAGCCAAUUAAAGGAUGCGGAAGAAACUAUUUCCAAAAUGCUAAGAGAGAGAAAGGAAAUGGAAGAAUAUUUCCAAUCAUUACAAAGACAAAUUCAAGAACUCGAGGCUAAAGUUGAAGAUAAUUCUAUUGAAAUAUUAGAAACGAAUAUGUCUAGACAAAGAAUAGAACAAGAACUUGAAAUUUAUAGAGGAAGAAGGCAAAAAGAAAUUGAAGAUCGCGAAUAUUCUUUAGAACAAACCCGUAAAAAGUAUCAACGAGAACUUUCUAGUCUUUCAAAUGAACUUGAAAUAGAAAGAGAAAACUCAAUCCAAGUUCGCAAUGAAAAUAGACAAUUGAGGGAAACUCUUGAAAAACUACAGCUAACUUGGGAUGCGGAAAUGUUAAACAAUUCUUCAUGGGAAAGAGAAAAGAAUAGACUUGAAAAUUCUCUUCAAGAUUUAACAAAAGCCUACCAAGAAGCUAUAGAUUCUCAGCAAGAAUCACAAGAACAUGUUAUUUCUCUUUUUUCACAGAUAAGAACUAUGAAGAUUUCUAUGGACGAAUUAGAAAUUGAGAAAAAUCAACUUCAAAAAGAUAAAAACGCUCUAGAAUUAAAAAUAAAAGAAAUUUCAUCGCAACUUGAUGUGGCAGAACGAAAUCAUGGCUUAUCAGAUAAAACUAAUUCUAUAAAAGAUGUUAGUCUGUUAAAAGCAGCAAUUGCAGAAAAAGAUAAUAUAGUAAAUUCAGCAUUAGAAAAGAUGAAGAGGGCGGAAACUUUAGUACAUGACGUUCAAAAAGAAAUCGCUAUAGAAAGAGAAAACAAUGUAAAACUAUAUGAGGAGAAGGUAUUAUUAGAAAAAGAGAAAAUGUCAUUACAAAUAAAGCUCGUAGAUAUGGAAACCAAAUUAUACUCUUCAAGUGACAUAAAUGAAGAAUUCCUUUUAAAAAAAAUAAAAGAAUUAGAGAAUCAAUUACGUGAAAGGGAUUCGAUGUUAAAUAAAGAAAACAAAACAAUACGUUUUACUGAUCGUUCAAUUAAAGACCUACAAUACCAAUUAUCCCAACGUGAUAAAGUCAAGGAAAGACUUGAAGAUGAAUUAGAUAAAAGUAACGAAAAAAUCCAAAAAUUAAAAAAGAUCGUAGAUGAAUUGCAAUUAUCAGAAUCCACAAGUCAACUAGCUCUUCGUCGUGCAGAACGAGAAACAAGAGAUGAAAAAGAAAAAUCAUUAAGACUAGAAAAAGAACUAGAAAAAGCAAAAUCAAGAAUUGAAUCAGCAUCCAUAAUCAAUAGAAACAGCACUAUAAAAUCGUUGAGUAGUUUAAGUUCUAAAUCUAGCCCGUCACGUUCUGACACAAAUACUCGCUCAACUGAAACAACUUAAUCUAAAAGAAUUUGUGUUUU